UUCUGAUUUGAAGCCAAUGAAGACGAAGAUGUUUGUGUGUUGUUGAACCUAAUAAAUUGGAAUAUGCUAGGUGUUGAGUCAAUGACUAUUCAUUCUGUCAAAUAGUUUGUCAGCAUAUCCAUUUACAAUGGCCAGUGGCGAAGCACCUAACCCGUUUCUGAAACUUUUCCAGAAUACGGAUGGCAAAAACAUCGCUCUGAGCAAUUCAGAUGACUGCAGUCCAGUGGCAAGAAGUGUUGCAAGUAUUCCUACUGCUUAUGAGCACUCCCUCUUGGAAAAGGUCUUGUCUGCCACGCUCGAUGUCGCUGAAGAAGAUGAUACCAUUGGAGGGAAGUUUCUGUUGACAGAGUUAUUGAGUGAGAGGUUGGCAGAUGGAAAUGAAUCUCUUCUAUUGGAGCUGUCUGAAAUCAAGCAGGUGUUGACCGAAAGGUUAAAGGCCUGUUCAGCGGAGAGAAUUCGCGUAUCUGUGUCACAGGUAGAUGGCACAGUGACACCAGCUGGUGAUGUGACGUUGGAUUUUAUUCUCUCUUCCCACUGCUUGGGUUACCUGUUCUCCUGCUACAAGCGACUUGUCAAUCUCAGAACCUCUGACCUGCACCAGGAUAUAGAUGUGGAGGUUAGGCAAUGUGUGGACACUCAACUUGUUGAUGCUUUCCUAGACCAAUGCAUAGCUUUCCUGUUGGACUGCAAUUCGUUUUCCUCACAACAAGAAAUCUGCAAUAACCAACUUGCAGUUUUGUUCUACAAUGGAACGCCUAUUGCUGCCGAAUUUGUGGAUUUCUUCAAGAUGCUCACACGGCAUCUGCAUAAGACGCUUCAGGACGAGACUUCAGAGAAGACUAAUGAAAUUCUCAAACAUAUGGGUGUGGCAGUCAAUCCGCUCAUCGAGCUCUUGCGUGGCUUCAUGUACGAUGUGAGGAUUCGCUUUCAAAUGCGUCCUACAGUCACGGAUCAGUACCUGCCAAUGCUGGAGUAUUUCCUGACUGAUCACAUCAUGAGCCGCAUCACCAUGCAGAUUAGCACUUGCUUCUUACCGGCACCUCAGCCAAACGGCAUGCCGCCGCCAGGAAAGCACUUUGAAGUGAACACCGUCCUGGGCCUGCUGUUAGCCUGCUCCACAAUCAUGCCACGAGGCCAAAAGAAUGCUUUCUUUGACACAAACCCGCUUGCUGGUAGUGACAUGAGCAACGUCUCCUUGAUUGAAACGUCCAUGCGCCAGCAGAUCAAUUUCAACUGUACAAGUCUAAGCAAGAUACUUAUUGCCUCGUGCCGAGUCAGCUCUGCUAACCGCCGCCGUGUCUUGCAGUGGCUGGCUGCGUGUCUCUAUCUGAACAAUGAACGCUCUAAGAUGUUCUUCAAUCCGUUCAGUGUGGCAAUUGCAAGCGAUGGGUUCUUUCUCAAUCUCAACUACACGCUACUGCUGAUGUGUGCACCGUUUCUGUCCGUCACUAAUAAGCGUCUUGCUAUGAUCGAAGCAGAAUAUGCCACGUUUAAGCCUGAUGAAUCGACCCCGCCCGAUGACGUCACCAAAUCCACUUGGCAUCCGAUGUUGUCUUUUCUUCAUGAAGAGACCAAGGUGGCUGAUAGUGAUGAUGCCGCUGCCAAGUUGAAUGAUGUAUGGGUUGGAUUUACGACUGAGUGCUUCUUUCUCACGCAUCGCAGUCUCCAGUUGGGACUACUGACCUCUGCUCAGAUGUAUCGCCGUGAGGAUGAAGCCUUCAAUCGGCUCCAUGCAGCCUAUCAGCAAAGCAGAGCGCCCCCAGAGCUAGUGAACACUGCCAUUUUGCAGCAACUUGGCUUCGCUACGCAUCUCUACCACCCAGGUAUUCUCCAGCUGUGCAUGAAGUUCUACGAGUUCACUAGUGCAUGGUUGAUCAAGGUCAUUCUACCGGACAAUUGCAGUGUGGAUAUUUCCAAACCUGAUGAACUAACAACCCAGCUGCAGUGGCCCAUCUCUGAUUUGCGCCAGGCCAAGCGCAAGAUGGCAAUGAUUCCCGAGUUUCUCUUGGAAUCUGUUCCUGACUUUCUAAAAACGAUAAGACACGCUCCCACAAGAGCUGUGAGUUUACUCGAGGAGUCAGCGCAGGAAUUGUCCACCAUUCUCAGCAUGAUUGUCAUUUUCUUGAGUCACAAGGACUUGGUGAGGAGUCCGCACUUGCGUGCCAAGCUAGCGGAGUGCAUGGUUUGGUUACUGCCAGACAACAGCUUCUACUCCUCACAAGUGCAAUCAGUGGAUCGUAUGCAGCUGUCUACGAUGACACGUCAGCAGUUGUUCGCAACGCAUUCUCUUGCUAAGCGUUACUUGCCAAUGGCCAUCCUCACGGUCUUUGUUGACAUUGAGUUCACUGGAGAAACUGAACAGUUUGAGCAGAAGUUCCAGUAUCGUCAUCCUAUCUUGACCAUCUUUCAGCACAUUUUCCCACUAGCUGGGUAUCGUCAGCAGUUCGCAACAAUUAGUGAUGAAAGUGUGGACUCUAUCGAAUCCAGUAGGGAGGAGGUGCAUGUGUUCACUCGCUUUCUCAACAUGCUUGUCAAUGAUGCCAUCUUCCUGUUGGAUGAAGCCAUGGGUCUGCUUGCGCGCAUCAAGGAAUUAGAGCAAGAGAAAACGUCUGGUGCUUGGAACAGCUUAGAGGCAGCUGCUCGAAAAGAGAAAGAGGAUCAGUUGGCUGAAGUGAAGCGCCUGUCCAAGCCACAUAACUUCUUGGCUAAUGCAACUGUCAAGACCCUUGCAAUGUUCUGCGCACAGCUGGUCAGACCAUUCACCUGCAGCACCAUGCUGGACAGAAUGGUUGCCUUCCUCAACUACUUCUUGAAGCAGUUGGUUGGUCCCAAGAUGAGUGCUCUCCGGGUGAACGAUUUUGCGGAACACGCCUUCAAGCCGAAGCAACUUGUGAAAGAUAUUGUCUCCAUUUACAUCAGCCUGGGAAAGGACGAGCGCUUUGUUGAAGCUGUGCCGAAAGAUGGCCGCUCCUACAGCCAAUCCCUGCUCUCUCAAGCGAGAAGUGUUCUGGGAACUCUAAACGAGCAAGACUUGCUUGGCGAAUGGUUUGACUUGUCCCAGCGGAUACUCGAAGAAGAAGAAAGGAAUCAAUCUGUUGAUCAGAAUGAUAGUGAGGCACCAGCUGAAUUCUUGGAUCCCAUCAUGAGCUGUGUCAUGUCAGAUCCUGUUCGACUUCCCACAUCAGGAAACGUUGUGGACCGUGUAACCAUUAUGCGCCAUCUUCUCACGGAUCAGAGUGACCCAUUUAAUCGCUCACCAUUGACCCCGGACAUGCUGGAGGCCCUUCCAGACUUACGUCGGCGCAUAGAGGAGUGGAAAGCAACUGCUUCUGCUGCUUCUCCUACAUCCAGCUGAUCUUCUUUGGGCGGGUGCUUUUUUUGUUGUUGCUGGUGCUACUGCGACUGCUGCUGGCCGCUGUCGCUGCUGCUAGCCGCUAUCGCUGCUGCUGGUGCUACUGUGACUGCUGCUGGCCGCUGUCGCUGCUGCUGGUGCUACUGCGACUGCUGCUGGCCGCUGUCGCUGCUGCUGCUCUUGCUUCUAUGUUUUGCUCAGCUCUGCUGUGUAUCUCACCCUUCCACUAUUCCGUUAUGUACAUUGCAUGCACAGAUCAAUCUAGUUCAGUGAUAUUCACAGUCAUUUUAACCUUUUUAUUUUAAUGUCGAAAUGGACGCCUUUCUAAUUUCAUACUUCCUCUCCGGUAGUUAAGGUUGCUGUGCACCUUUGCUGUGAUGAAACACUCUAUGUACUGGAUCAGCAGGCAGGGUGCAUGUGGUCAAGUAGGAGCUUGUUUACUCCGGGAAGUAGUGUAAGCCUCCCUAAGUAAAUCACCCCAUUCACCUGAUGACAUGAGAAACAUCCAGGGUUAAUCAUGCAUGGGUUUUAGCCUUCAGGGCUCCCUCUGAUCGCUGAGAGUUUUGUCUGGUUUUGUGAUAAAGGGGUUGUUACUAGCAAGAGGAUGCAUAGACAUGGACUGACUUUAUUUAUUACUUCACUAUUCAAACCGGAUCCAUUCUUGUUGUUGUUCUUGUUUCGUUGUUUGUUGAAUGUUUUGCUUUGAUUUGCUGUGGAAACAUGCUGACUGUGUUUUAUCCAUGUUUGAGUGGGGUCUAUUGGAUCACUCCGUUUUAGUGGUUUCUAUUUUUUUGCUUUCAGUGUGUGAGACUUCAUUCACUUUUUUUCUUCUUCUUUUUAGGAAAUUAGGUGUUUCUUGCAUACCCGGUAUAUACACUGUACCUUCAUUAAUUUUGCUGUUCCUUUAUGCCUUCUUUUUCAUGGUUGCUGUUUGCUAAUUUGGAUUGGAAUAAAAGCGAUUCGCCCCGCAAGAAGAUGCAUAAUACUCAGCUUCCUACAAUAACACUGAGACCUUCACCUGGCUUAUUACGGACUAAUGCGACUCCUCAUAUUAUAGUUCUUUGAGACUAUGGAGCCACUUAUGCGAAGGCUCAUGCUUCGCAUGCUUGGCUUAUGAAAA